GCAGCGGCACCGGGGACCGCCGCAGCCCGCCCGUGGGCGUCCCCGCAGCCGCUGCCCUGCGCCCGCGUCCGGCCCUAACCAUGUCUAUCUGUUGUUGCUUCUUUUUCAGGGACUAUGGCAGUUCCAAGAGGAAAUCAGGUGCCGACACCAACGCCGAGCCCAUGAUCCUGGAACAGUACGUGGUGGUGUCCAACUAUAAGAAGCAGGAGAACUCGGAGCUGAGCCUCCAGGCCGGAGAGGUGGUGGAUGUCAUCGAGAAGAACGAAAGUGGCUGGUGGUUUGUGAGCACCUCUGAGGAGCAGGGCUGGGUCCCUGCCACCUACCUGGAGGCCCAGAAUGGCACUCGGGAUGACUCAGACAUCAACACCUCCAAGGCUGGGGAAGUGUCCAAGAGACGCAAGGCCCAUCUGCGGCGCCUGGAUCGCCGGUGGACCCUGGGCGGGAUGGUCAACAGGCAGCACAGCCGAGAGGAGAAGUAUGUCACUGUGCAGCCAUACACCAGCCAGAGCAAGGACGAGAUUGACUUUGAGAAGGGUGUCACCGUGGAGGUGAUCCGGAAGAACUUGGAGGGCUGGUGGUACAUCAGAUACCUCGGCAAAGAGGGCUGGGCCCCAGCAUCCUACCUGAAGAAGGCCAAGGAUGACCUGCCGGCCCGGAAGAAGAACCUGGCAGGCCCCGUGGAGAUCAUCGGGAACAUCAUGGAGAUCAGCAACCUGCUGAACAAGAAGGCGUCUGGGGACAAGGAGGCUCCCCCGGCUGAAGGCGAGGGCCAUGAGGCCCCCAUCGCCAAGAAGGAGAUCAGCCUGCCCAUCCUCUGCAACGCUUCCAACGGCAGCGCCCUGGGUGUCCCUGAGAGGACUGUCUCCAAGCUGGCCCAGGGCUCUCCAGCUGUGGCCAGGAUUGCCCCUCAGAGGGCCCAGAUCAGCUCCCCAAACCUAAGGACAAGGCCUCCACCGCGCAGAGAAUCCAGCCUGGGGUUCCAACUGCCGAAGCCACCAGAGCCCCCUUCUGUCGAGGUGGAGUACUACACCAUUGCCGAGUUCCAGUCGUGCAUUUCUGACGGUAUCAGCUUUCGGGGUGGACAGAAGGCAGAGGUCAUCGAUAAGAACUCGGGUGGCUGGUGGUACGUGCAGAUCGGUGAGAAGGAGGGCUGGGCGCCCGCGUCUUACAUCGACAAGCGCAAGAAGCCCAACCUGAGCCGCCGCACGAGCACCCUGACCCGGCCCAAGGUGCCUCCUCCGGCGCCCCCCAGCAAGCCCAAGGAGGCGGAGGAGGGCCCCGUGGGUGCUGGUGAGAGCCAGGACUCCCCGCGGAAGCUCAAGUAUGAGGAGCCUGAGUAUGACAUCCCGGCGUUCGGCUUCGACUCGGAGCCAGAGCUGAGCGAGGAGCCGGCAGAGGACAAAGCCUCGGGGGACCGGCGGCCAGCCCAGCCCCACAGGCCCUCGCCCGCCUCCUCGCUGCAGCGGGCCCGCUUCAAGGUGGGCGAGUCUUCAGAGGACGUGGCCCUGGAAGAGGAGACAAUCUACGAGAACGAGGGCUUCCGGCCAUGUGCAGAGGACACGCUGUCAGCCAGGGGCUCCUCUGGGGACAGUGACUCCCCAGGGGGCUCCUCGCUGUCCCUCACCAGGAAAAACUCCCCCAAGUCGGGCUCGCCCAAGUCGUCAUCACUCCUGAAGCUCAAGGCAGAGAAGAACGCCCAGGCGGAACUGGGCAAGAACCACUCCUCAGCCUCCUUUUCCUCCAUCACCAUAAACACCACCUGCUCCUCCUCCUCCUCUUCCUCCUCCUCCUUGUCCAAGAACAGUGGCGACCUGAAGCCCCGCUCGGCCUCGGACGCAGGCAUCCGCGGCACUCCCAAGGUCGGGGCGAGGAAGGACGCCGACGUGAAGGCCGGGCUGGCCUGUGCCCGGGCCAAGCCAUCGGUCCGGCCCAAGCCCUUCCUGACCCGGGCCGAGUCACAGAGCCAAGAGAAGAUGGACAUCAGCACUUUACGGCGCCAGCUGAGGCCCACGGGCCAGCUCCGGGGAGGUCUCAGGGGCUCCAAGAGUGAGGACUCCGAGCUGCCCCCACAGACAGCGUCCGAGGGUCCCGAUGAGGGGCCCAGGAGAGGCUCGGCUGACCUCAUCACCCCCCGGGCUGCCACGCCCCCAUGCCCCACCAAGAAGGAAGGGGACGGGCAGGCCACCUCCUAUGUGACGUGCAGCGCCUACCAGAAGGUCCAGGACUCGGAGAUCAGCUUCCCCGCGGGUGUGGAGGUGCAGGUGCUCGAGAAGCUGGAGAGCGGGUGGUGGUACGUGCGGUUCGGGGAGCUGGAGGGCUGGGCCCCCUCCCACUAUUUGGUGCUUGGCGAGAACGAGCAGCCCGACCCCCCUGGCAAGGAGCUGGACGCAGGGACCCCCAAGAGCAAGCCGAACGAGGGCAAGUCCGACAGCCUGGAGAAGGUGGAGAGGCGCGUCCAAGCCCUGAACACAGUCAACCAGAGCAAGCGGGCCACGCCGCCCAUCCCCUCCAAGCCGCCCGGGGGCUUCGGCAAGACGGCAGGCGCCGCCGCAGUGAAGAUGAGGAAUGGCGUGCGGCAGGUGGCCGUCAGGCCCCAGUCGGUGUUUGUGUCCCCGCCACCCAAGGAUAACAACCUGUCCUGCGCCCUGCGGAGGAACGAGUCGCUCACGGCCACCGACGGCCUCCGUGGCGUCCGCCGGAACUCCUCCUUCAGCACUGCUCGCUCCGCAGCCGCCGAGGCCAAGGGCCGCCUGGCCGAACGGGCUGCCAGCCAGGGCUCGGACUCUCCCCUGCUGCCCACCCAGCGUAACGGCAUCCCGGUGUCCCCCGUGCGCCCCAAGCCCAUCGAGAAGUCCCAGUUCAUCCACAAUAACCUCAAAGAUAUGUACGUCUCCAUCGCGGACUACGAGGGUGACGAGGAGACGGCGGGCUUCCAGGAGGGGGUGUCCAUGGAAGUUCUGGAGAGGAACCCCAAUGGCUGGUGGUACUGUCAGAUCCUGGAUGGGGUGAAGCCCUUCAAAGGCUGGGUGCCCUCCAACUACCUUGAGAAGAAGAACUGACGGGGGAGCAUAGCGUCCUUCCAGCCUCGGUGUGCCACCGUAGCUGCCACUGGUUGAGUGGUGAGAUGAAGACAGAGGGAAAGGAAAGACGGGAGGGGUCAGGGGUGGAUAACACAGAUCCCUGCAGAAUGUGUGACCUCAGAGAUGCCUCCUCCAGGCUGUCCCACAGCUGGGAGGUGGGGAUGGUGAGGACCCACAUUGAGUAGGGAACGGAAUGGGCCAGGGAGUCCCGGGUCUGGGACCCAGAGCUGAGAAAGCUGCGACCCACGGGUGCACCUUGGUGACUUUGCUGAUGGGCUGCGUGGGAAUCCCCAAUUGUGCCUUUGCUGCAUAUCCGGAAAAGACGUCAUAGGGGGCCUCCAGCACUCUGUCCCUGCGUGGCACAGUUUUGGUUGCUGGCAUCUUGCCACCGGAGAUAGCCCUUGUAUCAUCCUAAUCUGUAUUUGUGAAUUGUGCUGGUUUUCCCGGGACUGCUACUGCCCGCCACAGGUGGGUGCCUUGCUUGGAGGUGUCUCAUGGGAGCUCAAGCCUGUUCCUGGGCCAGGCCAUUGUCAAUGUCUGUUAGUAGAAGAAAAAGCAGUUCCCUGUUGCCAGCAAGGACCACCCUUCAUAGCUGUCACUGUCCUGGCCUUGAGAAGACAGCCCCCUUCCUCAAGGCACCCGGCAGAGGACACAGUCAGUACUAGAGUUUAUAGAGGGCGCGUGAAGCCGUCAGUCUCCUCAUAAUCUGCACAGACUCUUGUGGAUAUUUCCGGGUGGGCGUUUCCUUUGCAUGU